AUGACCUCCACCGCUCCUCUUCACAUUCUCGACGACGACGACGACGACGACGGUUUCGAUUGGGAAGCAGCUGCCAGUGUCUUCUUCACCCAGACCACCGCCGGGCCCUCAACUUCCCAUUCUGCCCCUCCUCCAAUUCACAAACCACCGUUUCCUCCAAAGCCCUCGACUUCUCGUCAGACCACUCUCGACAGAUUCAUCGCGAAGCCCGCCCCAAAGCCUCAGCCGGAGACUCGAGAUUCCGGCCAGGAUGAGACACCGCCCCGUGUUCAAAUUGACGCCGAAAAAGCCCAAACUUGGCUUUACCCAGUUAAUUUUCCGGGGCGUGACUAUCAGUUUGCUAUCACCAAGACAGCACUCUUCUCGAAUACGCUGGUAGCAUUGCCAACCGGACUCGGGAAGACGCUUAUUGCUGCAGUUGUUAUGUAUAACUACUUCAGAUGGUUCCCUGAGGGAAAGAUAGUCUUUGCUGCUCCUUCUCGACCACUUGUUACACAACAAAUAGAAGCAUGCCAUAAUAUUGUAGGAAUACCACAAGAAUGGACAAUCGAUAUGACGGGUCAGAUAAGUCCUACAAAAAGAGCAUGCUUUUGGAAAACUAAACGAGUUUUCUUCGUUACUCCACAAGUGCUGGAGAAGGACAUUCAGUCUGGAGCAUGCUUAGUCGAAUGCUUGGUAUGUUUGGUGAUUGAUGAAGCUCACCGAGCAUUAGGAAACUAUGCUUCCAGUGUUGCAGUUCGUGAAUUAAUGGCGGCACAAGUGCAACUGAGAAUUGUAGCAUUGACCGCAACACCAGGAUCUAAGCAGCAGACUGUUCAGCAAAUUAUUGAUAACUUGUGUAUAUCAACCCUUGAAUACCGCGAUGAAAGUGACCCAGAUGUUGCCCCUUAUGUUCACAACAGGGAGGUAGAGUUGAUUAAGGUGGCUAUGGGUCAAGAUGCUGUGGAGAUAAGUAAUAUGAUAUAUGAUGCUCUACGUCCAUAUUUAACCAGGCUAAGUGCGACUGGAGCUCUCCCAAAUAGAGAUGCUCGAACGUGGAGCCCAGGCGAGUUACUUACGUGUAGGGAUAAAUUUCGUACAGCACCUCCUCCAGACAUACCGCCAUUUAAAUUAGGCGAAAUUGAAGGUUGGUAUGGAGUUCUUCUUACUGGUUACCACAUUCUUAAGCUAUUAUCAGCACAUGGAGUAAGGCCAGCACAUGAACUGCUUGAAGAAAAGUUAAAACAGGGGUGUUUUGCUAAGUAUAUGAGUAGAAGUGAAGAUGUUCAUAAAGCAAAGCUAAGGAUGCAGCAAAGUCUGUCUCAUGGUGCUCCGAGUCCCAAAUUAUCCAAAAUGUUAGACGUACUGCGUGAUCAUUUCAAAACGAAAGAUCCACAGAACUCGAGGGUCAUGAUUUUCUCAAACUUCAGGGGAAGUGUCAGGGCCAUAAUGGAUGCGUUGGCACACAUCGGCAAUUUAGUUAGAGCUACAGAGUUUAUUGGUCAAAGUUCAGGGAAAAUAUUAAAAGGCCAGUCACAAAAAGUUCAACAAGCUGUGUUGGAGAAAUUUCGUGCUGGUGGAUACAAUGUCAUUGUUGCCACAUCAAUUGGUGAAGAAGGUUUGGAUAUCAUGGAAGUUGAUCUUGUUAUAUGCUUUGAUGCAAAUGUAUCACCAUUGAGGAUGAUUCAACGCAUGGGAAGAACCGGAAGGAAGCAUGAUGGACGAGUAGAUAUCCUUUUCUUGAGGCUACUAGUUUUAGCCUGUGAAGGAGAAGAGUUGAAAGGUUACAAUCGGAAGCUAACAAAUAGCAAGAAUGUGAGCAAACACAUGCGAAAUGGGGGAAGAAAUAGCUUCAAUUUUCAUUCUAGUCCAAGGAUGAUCCCUCACAUUUUCAAACCUGAAGUCCAACAUGUUGAGUUUUCAAUUGAACAAUUCGUUCGUCCUGGAAAGAAAGUCAAUGAUGAUACUGAUACUCAGACACCUGUAACUAUAGAGAAAUUAACUGUUGCUGAAACUAGUUUAGUUACCAAGUAUUUCCAGCCACAUGACAUAAUAUGGAAACCAUCUCUUAUUGCCUUUCCUCACUUCCAAACCUAUCCCUCAAGAGUGCAUAAAGUAAUGCACUCACUUCGAACAACAAUGUUAAUUGAUAUGAUGCAAUCUUUGCAAGGAUUAUCCUUUUCCAGUGACAGAAAAACUUCCUUCAUUGAGGAUGAUGUCUGUUCAGAGAAGUGCUUGGAAGUUGACACUCUCGAACAGCAUGACAACAGAGAAGAUAUGUUGAAUCUUGAUGAUUCUUCAAUGAAACAGCCACAUGGAGAAGUACCGGAUUCCGAACUACAAACUACUGGGACAUUGAAAACCAAGGAGAAGCAUAACAAACAUGAUUUAUCUGAUGAUCCUUGCGGUCACUCUUUUCUCUUUGGUUCGCAUGUUGUAGAUGUUGAUGCUUCUGGAAAGGUCCUUAUCUUAUCUGUCCCUAUUCUUCCUGGCAAAAGUAUGCUAAAUUCCAAGUUUACAAGUUCAAGGAGUAGUAAGUUGGAUAGUUUGAAGCAAAGUUCUUGCCAUGUAAGAACUUCAGAUGAACAAACAGAAGAAACUGCUGGAGGAAAGAUUACUGGAGAUCUAGAAAUGGCUCAGACAACAUAUAUAAGGAAUGAUACUCCACCUUGGUCUAGAUUGUGUGAAUCUGAAACCUGGAUGGAGACAACAAUAAAUGGGGAUGAAGAGAAUCCUCAAAAGCCAAUUCUCAGAGAACACUUUCCAAAUGGAGAUAGUGCUUGUGAGACGCCUGAUGUUCUAAAAAGCAAGGCACCGUCAUUGCUGGCUGAUGAAGAGGACAAUCUUGUCAGAGAUGGUGAGCUUAGUCCGAGGCUUACUAAUUUGAUCGAAAGUGGAUUUGUUCCAGAAUCUCCUAUCAAUAAUAAUGGACUAAUGGAUACCAUAAAUAAGUAUGUGGUUCCUGACGCUGUUUCGCCUGCCCAACUACCUACUGAACUGGUAUUGAAUUCUUCAAGUCCUGGGGACAAUGAAAAAGCCACUGACAUGGAUACCAAUGCAUGUGAAAGAAAUACGUCUCUUCUUCCCACUGAUAAUGAAAUUCAAUCUCCCUUGCACAAUAGGAAUAGUGCCAGUAUAAAUGAAUCUACCUCCAUAUCACCGGUUAAUGACAGAGGCCCAAAUGUUCUAGCAGACCUUACAAACAGUAGCUGUAGCAAAGAUUGGUGUAUAGGUUCUGGAGACAGGUCACAGAGUGUGAAACAGGCACGCAAGUUUAAGAGGUUGCGCAAAGUUGGGGAUCAGUGGAACAUUAGGAAUCAGGAAAGCAUGGCAACUAAUGAUGUCCCAAGAGCAAAUCUUACCAGAUCUUUUACAAGUAGUACUCUCCCUACUAAGCAUCGUAGAGGUUCCAAAAUACUAGCAAAGAAGUCAGUUGAUGAUGUGAGGGAAUUCAUAGACGAGGAAGCUGAGGUAUCUUCAGAGGUUGAUAUAUCUGAUGAUGAAGUAGAUGAAACAGAUUACCAUUCAAAUGAUAGCUUCAUAGAUGACAGGAUAAAUUGUACAACUGCAAAUACUCAGGCUGCAACCAGUGGAAUUGACAUGAUGGCAGUAUACAGGCGUUCAUUGCUCACUCAAUCACCCAUGGAGAGGCAGCCACGCAGCUCAGCCACAUUUUCACCCAAUUCUGUGGCAACAAUAACGAGGACCCCGGAAACUGGAAGUUCUGGUGGGAAAACAUCUUCCUCACUUCAGACUCCUCAAAUUGACUGUACAAAUCUGCCAAUUGGACCAGAUUCAGAGUCCUUCCACAUGAAUUGGAACUCUGAAGCCAGACCUUGUACGACUGGUAUUUCUCCAGGAUAUGAAAGAGAUAGUGAAAGUCGAAAAAGAAAAUCGAAUUUUCAUCAUCCAAGAUCUAUUCCUGUUGUCAACUUGGAGCUAGAAUUCUCGUUGCAAGCAGAGGCUGAAGCCAGAUAUAUGCAGCACAGUAAUGCAGAUGAGGACGUGCUUUAUGAUGAUCAGUUUUAUGAGGGCCUUGAUCUUGACGCAUUGGAAGCACAAGCUACAAUGCUACUUAAGCAGAAAUCAGAAUUGCCAGUGCAGAAACCACAGAUGAUUCCUCAGUUAAACCCAGAAAAUCCUACCCUUGACAGUGCUCCAUCAUUUGAUCUUGGGAUAUGAUAAAAAUUUAGGUUUAAAUGAUGCCGUGCAGAAGCAGAAGUAGAAGCAUGGAAAAGGAAUGUAAACUCUGGUGGAAAUUCUCAGGGUUUUCCUUCCCUCUUUUUGAUCGAUUAGUUAGACGCAUCAGGAGAUCAACAUUGGUUCGAGAAUACAUUUAAUUUAUAGCACAGUGAGUUAUGCAAAGUCCAUGCUAUAAGGAAACUGUAUACAUUUAUGUUAAUGUGUGUGUAAAUACUAGUUGAUCCAAUUAUUCCACAUGUUGGAGAUGCUUCAAUGGGACCUUAAUCUGAAAAGAAUGAAGAGGCAGAAUUAGAUCUUGAUAUCAGUGGUGAAUUGCCUGCAAGAAAUUAUGGAAAUAAGUUGUAAGUGUCAGAUGUCACUGAAGGAGGUGCUUUAUGGGACACAUUACGUCGACAUGAUAUUCCUAAGUUGCAGGAGUAUCUCAUGAAGCAUUUCAAAGAAAUUCAGGCACAUACACUGUUGCCCAUUGCAGCAGGUUAUCCAUCCCAUACACAAUCGGACAUUUUAUCUUACAGUGGAGCACAAAAAGAAGCUUAAAGAGAAAUAUGUAAAUAGGAUGUGCCGUGGACCUUCAUUCAAAAACUUGGGAAUGCUGUCUUUUUUCCUGCAGGAUGUCUGCAUCAAGUCAGGAACUUGAAGUCAUGCAUCAAAGUUGCAAUGGACUUUGUCUCACCUCUCACUUGACAGAA